GUGGGAGAAAAAAUGGCUUAUCCGACACUUUACAAUCCAUUGUCGUUUAUUAUUAAUCGACAAAUUAAUGACAAGAUUAAUCAUCGGCAAAGAUUGGUGAAGGCCAGAUUUGAACAUUCGGAGAAUCUCUUUAGAAAAAAUCUUUUGUCACAUUAUGGAUGCGUGAAUGCAAUCGAAUUUUCAAAGCACGGCGAUCUUCUUGUGUCAGGAGGUGAUGAUAGAAGAGUUCUAUUAUGGAAAGUAGAACAAGCAAUUCAAGGAACCGAGAAACCAGCAGUUAUGAGAGCUGAACAUUCGAGUAAUAUAUUUUGUUUAGGUUUCGAUAAUAGUACAUCAAAAAUAUUUUCAGCCGGAAAUGAUGAUCAAGUUAUUGUUCACAAUCUUCAAACGGGAGAUCCUUUAAAUUAUUUUCUACACGAGAAGGCAGUUUUCGGUUUGUCAAUUCAUCCGCAAAAUGAUUUUGUUUUUGGAAGUGCUUGCGAUGAUGGAAGAAUUCUCAUUUACGAUAUCAGAGGUUCCAAGGAGUCAUUGUGUUUGGCACAAUACAAAAGUGCUUUUCAUUCUGUUAUGUUUAAUCCAAUUGAUUCGAAAAUGUUGGCAACUGCAAAUGCAAAAGAAGGUGCAAGCAUAUGGGAUAUUCGAAAACCGUUGAAACCAGUUUUGCAAUAUGGAACGGAAGGACCAUCGCAAAGUUGUAUGUAUGUAAGAUUUAAUUCAGCGGGAAAUAAAUUAUUGGCACUUCGAAGAAGAUUACCACCGAUUUUGUAUUCUAUUGAUUCGCCAAAACAUCUUUGUCAAUUUGAUCACUACGAAUAUUACAAUAGUUGUACCAUGAAAUCUUGUUGCUUUGCAGGAGAUAACGAUGAAUAUGUUUUAUCAGGUUCUGAUGAUUUUAAUCUAUACAUGUGGAAAAUUCCAGCCGAUGAUAUUCAAUGGGUAGAUUCGGCACACAUGAAAUUAUGUGGACAUAGAUCGAUUGUAAAUCAAGUGCGAUAUAAUAAAAGCAGUUGUAUUCUCGCUUCGUCGGGUGUCGAAAAAAUGAUAAAACUCUGGAGUCCAUUUUCACUAGGCUACGAAUGUCUAGGGGGGUUGAAAAAAAAUUGCGGGAUUCAGGAGAAACAGCGAAGAGUAUUUGCGCACAGUGAAUAUAUUGAAUUAGUUUUAAGAAGUGGACAUUUUAUGACACACGAUUACAGUCAUCAAUCGACAAAAGAAGAUCCACGAAUGAUGGCAUUCUUUGAUUCUCUUGUACAACGUGAAAUCGAAGACUGGAGCUCCGAAGAUGUUACGGCUCCUCAAACGCCUAGCGACAACGAUAAUUCAAUUGUCAAUAAUUCUUUCAACGCGACUGAUUCAGACGAUUCGACUGCUUCUGAUCGUCAACUAAUGCUCUCAUUCCUUGGUCCUACGGUAAAUUCACGAAAUAUAUCAGCUGGUAUGGCACCCGAGAGAUCGUCAAAAUCACCAAAUCGAAUAACACGCCUGAUAAUUAAUUGUCGAACAAAAUUAAUGAGACUUGCGGGUAAGGAAAUACCUGAGACAACAAUUACAACGCCAAGCGCAAAUGGAAGCACAACUUCCACAAUUGAGACUGCAAAUUCAUCGAAAUUAAAAUCAAAAUUAAAAGGCGCGAAAAGAAAAACAAAUACUAAAACUUUACCUACAACUAGUACUACUACUACUUGUGGUAGUAGGAUAACUAGAAAAAGAUUAACAACUGCUGAAGUUCAAAAUGAAGAACAAUUGGAUACAACACAACCGAGUACAAGUUCUGGAUUGGUUUCACAAGGACCGAAAUAUACAUCAACAACAUAUUCGGAUAAACAAUCGAGUGACAGUAAUUCGGAGGAUAAUAAUGAUUGUGAUGGUACUGUUAAGAGAAAAAUAACUAAAGUCGAGGUGGAUAGUGCGGCAAAAUGUCCGAAAAAGAAGCACAAAAAAUGUAAACAUCAUGCGAAAAGAGAGAGUGGAAAGAGUUGUAAAAAGAAGCAGAAAAUUGAAAAUGAAAGCGACGAGGAGUGGUGGAAAGACAUUGUUUUAGGUUCUAAACCUGAAAAUUGUCAAAAUGAAACACCAGUGAAACGAACCUGUAAUAAAAUAAAACAAUCAUGUUCAACACCCGACAGUGGAAUGGGUAUAUCGACAUCCGAAAAAAGUCAAUCAUCUGCACAAAGUAACAGCAAAAGUGCCGAGACAUCAGAUGAUGAGGAAAAUUUACGAACAUUUCAAUCAUUUAAAAAGAAAGUUGAUGCGAUAAAACGCACUUAUCGUAAACGUACUAUUUCAGAAGCAUCCGAUUUUUCUGACUAAAAAAAGCAAAAAAAAAAAAAAAAACUCAACCUCUUUUCUCCCCCUCUUUGUAAAUAAUGAAUCUGUGAUUCCUUUUUUUCCUUGAUAUAUAUUUUUCUAAUAAUACUAAGUUUAAUCCUGUGAAAAAAAAUUAAUCAACAUUAUUAUUUUAUUCACUGUUUUUUUUUUGUUUCUUUUUGCCAUUUAUCGUUCAUUGUACCUAUCGCUUUGAAUUA